CGUCAUAAUUCAUCGAACCCGUCAGAUCACGCCGGUACGCAUCAGUGAGUGGGGAGAAAUGCAGACGCCAGAUGUCGCCCCCGUAGCGGUUGCCGCUACUACGAAUAUAGUCAUAUCAACCACAGACAUGAACAGGAACGACAAAGGCAUUGCAGCGGAUGAGAAACAAGACUCACAGGCCGAUACGGAAGGUGCUCAAGCUUCCUCUACAAAGUCUUUAAGCAAAAGCAUCACGGAUUAUCGUCGUAUCCACGGUCGAACUUAUUCCCAAAAGACAGAUUACUGGGGUCCUAACGACGAGACGCAGAAUGAAGCGCUGGAAAUUGCGCAUUAUUGGGAGACUUUGUUCUUCGACGACCGACUUUUCUUAGCGCCGCUUAACCGCAGCCCCCAAAAAGUUCUCGAUGUCGGAACUGGCACGGGCAUCUGGGCCAUCGAUUUUGCCGACGAAUUCCCAUCUGCGGAAGUUAUCGGUGUAGAUAUCUCGCCCAUUCAGCCCCCCUGGGUCCCUACGAACUGUAAAUUUUAUUUUGAUGACGUUGAGCAGCCGUGGACAUUUGCCCAGGAGUUCGACUUCAUCCAUAUCCGCCAUCUCGAAGCCAGCAUAGAGAACUGGCCGGUCUUGUACAAGCAAGCUUUCGAUCAUCUGAUCCCAGGAGGCUUUAUCGAGAUCAAGGAAUUCGACAUCACUACGCGGUCGCAGGUUUUUGGUGAUGAAAUUCCCGAAGAUCAUAUUUUCCAUCAGUGGGCCAAGGUCAUGUUCGAGGCGACUGAUAGGCUCGGCAAGACGCUGGCACAGACCCAAAAUCAUAGUAUUGGGAUGGCUCUUGAUGCAAU